AUGAAGGGCGCUUGCUGCACACCAUCACCAGGUGCUCAUUUCAACUUAGGGAAGAUGAAUGAGUGCAUCUGCAGGCCUGCAGGAGGGAACCGACUAUUGAACGCCCUCCAUGGAUGUUUUCUGAGACUCGACACAUUCGUUCUUGCUGCUUUACAGUCAAGCCGUGUGCUUCGCACGGCUGAAGUGGCUCCUGGGUUCCGGAAGCGAUGGCCUCUCCAUCCUGGACGUUCCACAUCGCCCAUCACCAAUACCUUAUGCAAGCUGCAUCGCGAUCGGGUCGAGUUGCGGACAACUCAGAGGCCAGUAUGGAUGUUGGUAUCGAGCUUCCAUAGCAGCUUGUGGUCAAGCGGAUCUCUAUGUGGAUUGAAGAGAGCGACUUCUACACAGUUAUAA